CUGGCGUGGGCAUGUUAAGAGAUAAAGUGUUUCUGGAGAAAACCUCUUGCAUUCACCAAGCGUGUCUGAGUGCCUGCUGUGGGCUGAGGGCCAAGUGGAGGCGAAUGUCCCCGCCCACUGCCAAGGAAGUCUUCCUUCCGUCUAGUGGGGCAAUCAGAUGCCCCCUUGAGGACUCCACAUUGUGCCCUCCCCCUCCCGGGGAGGGAGAGGCCCGGAACUUCUGGGCGCCCUGUGAUGGGAGACAACACUGCAGACCAAGGGUUAUGUAAGAGCAGAGCCUGGGGAGUUACCAGCCUGUGCAGGGAAAAACAAAAAGGCAGUUGGUAGGCACAGUGGAGGGAUUCUUCACCCCGCAGAGAACUCUUGCCCCACCCUCAGCCCACUCCAGGGAACUGGUUUAGAAUAGGAGACCCUGGAGGUCAGGGCUGAGGUCCUUGGGUCCCCUGUGUGUCCCCAGAGCCUAGUGCACAGUGAGUGCUUCCUUUCCUUUUUUGUUUUUACAUCUUUUUUUUUUCUUUUUUUUAAGAUGUAUUUUAUUUGAAAGGUAGAGUUACAGAGAGAGAGAUUCCAUCUGCUGUUCACUCCCCAAAUGGCUGCAACAUUCGGGGCUGUGCCAGGCCAAAGUCAAGAGCCAGGAGUUUCUUCUGGGUCACCCACGUGGGAGCAGGAGCCAAGGACCUGGGUCCUCCUUCACUGUUCUCCCAGGCACAUUAGCAGGGAGCUGGAUUGGAAGUGGAGCAGCUGGGACUCGAACUGGCGCCCAUAUGGGAUGCUGGCACUGCAGGCCGGGGCUUUAACCCGCUGCGCCACAGCAUGGGCUCCCUCUUCCAUUUCUUUCCAUAUUUACUAUAAAGCCUCAGACCCCAGGCUCUGGGAUUAGCAAAUUCCCUGUUGUUUUAGUCUGUGACCGGGUGAUUUUUAAUCUACAGAAGCUGACUGUCUCAGUUUGGGAGACUGGGAAGUCCUAAGAUCAAGGCUGUGGCCGGUGUGGUAUCUGGUAACGGCCCUUCAACGAUGGUGUCCCCUAGGCGUCCUCACGUGGUAGAAGAGACAGAAGAAAGAACAUUUUGUUAUCGCACGAUGGGAGAGCAGAAGGCGGGGGCGGGGGCUUCUGAAGCUUGUUCUUUUCUGACUAUUUUAUAAAGUAAUCCAUCCUUGAGGGCAGAACUCUGUCUAAGCAGUUCCCAAAAGGCCCCCGACUGAUACUAAGGCUCCAAUGGGGAUUCAGUUUCAACAGGAAUUUUGGAAGGGACACAUUGAAACGAAAACACCUGCCCGAAAACACCUGCCCACAGGAAGCUUACAGUUCGGUGGGGGAGACAGAGUAGCCUUUUGUUGCUGGUUACUUUUGCUAAACAAGGAAGCAAACAGGAUGUGAAAGAGGCUCUCGCAGCCCUCAAAGACAUCAUCACUGACAGAGCUCUCAGGGGACAGGUUUCUGAGCUGGGACCCAGAUGACAAGAAGGGGAAGAGAGUGCCGAUGAAGGGAGCCACCUGUGCCAAGGCCCUAGGCUAGAAAGCAGCCUGGUGGGUUCACUGGGUAACAGGAAAACAGGUGAGGGUCAGGGUGCUGCUGGAGGCUUGGGCAGGAUCUGCAGACUUUGGUAAGGGGUGACAACUUUGUUCUAAAUGCAGUCGGAAAUUGGAUGGGAUCUUUCUGGCUGCUGUGUGCAGAGUCGUGGCAGGGGCUCCGAGGAGAAAUUGUGGAGGACAAGCGGGACUGAGGGCCUUUGCAUGAAGGACCUGGUUCCUUCUGGAGGCACCUGGGGUCAGAAGACGGGAGGGAAUGAAGGCCCUGCCUGGGCUUAGCCUACCAGGCUCUGGCUUAGGGCUAAGGUCACGUCAGCACCUGCCGAGGGCCUUAUGUCUCAAGUAUACAUGGUGGUUCCUGUCCUAGCAAAGGAAGUAGGCACAAGCUGAGGGGCAGCCUCACCCGUGCUGUCCUGCCUUCUGCCAGCCCUGCUGUGCACUCUAGCAGGUGAGCACAGGAGAAAGGCCAAGAGCAAUCACAGGUCCCUCCCUCCUGGGAGCCUCGGGCCAGCUCAGCAGGGCACAGGCAGUCUUGACGCAAGGGGCCUCUCCUGUGAGCCAAAGCCUGAACCCACACCCAGAGGAAUACAGCUGAGGGAAAGGACAUGGCCAGCCUAGGAUCAGGGAGGCCUGGAAGGUUUUAUCUGAGCCAGGCCUUGAAGGUGGAUAAGGUUCAGCUUGGGAGUGUGGCAGCUUGGGACUCAGACAGAAGCCAGCGGGUUGGAAUGCCAGGGCCGAGACUGGGGGUGGUGCACUGAAGUGAAUGGGUGGGCACCGAGGCUGGCACGGCAGGGAGGGGGGCUCUUGGAGUGGCUUAGCACAGAGCUGGCCACACAGUACAGAGCCCCUUGAGACAGGAAGCCACAAGGGCUGGGUUGUCACGUGCUGAACAGAUGUCACCGGGGAGUAAUUAGUGGGUGGCCAGCAUAGAGAAGUCCCUUCUGGUUCUUCAGACUCUGGACUUUGUCCAGGUUCACGGGAUAGAGGAGUGGGCAGGUCCUACAGGCACCUUGGGGCCUCCUUGCGCACCCUGGCGCACACCUCCACCGCUUCCUGAGCCUCCGCCCCUGCUUUUCUCUGAUGUCUGUUUGUCUUCCCUGUCUAUCAGGACAGGGACUUUGUGUUCCUCACUGUGGUGUUACCAGUACACGUGCCGGGCCCGUGCUAGGCUCUGGUGACAUAUCUGUCAAUUGAGCAGAUCAGGCCAAAGUCCUCCACUCUCAGGAUCGCCAGACUCAGUCCCACAACAGGAAAACAGGUGCUCAGCUUGUAGCCUACCAGUGGCAGAGCCAGGAUUAGAAGGCCUCAGUCAGGCCCUUGCAGCUCCUGCCAAGGACAGACCGAGAGGGUGCCAGGGACGCUGGUGGAUGGAGCUUGCGGAACAUUCCAUAUGCGCAGCUUACGUAAUGGUCCCCUCCUCCUAGAGUGGCCUUCCCACCUUGCUGGUCCUGGGGGCUUUGGAAUCAGGCAGCCAUACAGGGGCCUCGUGAACUCAGGGGACUUUGUUCAGCUGCCCGUGCCUAUCAUCCAGCAGCUCUACCACUGGGACUGCGGCCUGGCCUGUUCCAGGAUGGUGUUGCGGUACCUGGGCCAGCUGGACGACGGCGAGUUUGAGAGCGCUCUGCAGGAGCUGCGGCUGACCAGGAGCAUCUGGACCAUAGACUUGGCCUACCUGAUGCGCCACUUCGGCGUGAGGCACCGCUUCUGCACCCAGACUCUGGGCGUGGACAAGGGCUACAAGAACCAGUCCUUCUACAGGAAGCACUUUGACACAGAGGAGACCCGGGUGAACCAGCUGUUUGCACAGGCGAAAGCCUGCAAGGUGCUCGUGGAGAAAUGGGGGCUGGAUUCAGAGGGACCAUGGGAGCAACUGGCCCAGAUCGCCGUGAGCAUUCAGGAUAUCCAGGCGCACCUGGCCCAGGGCCACGUGGCCAUCGUGCUGGUGAACUCGGGGGUGCUGCACUGCGACCUGUGCUCCAGCCCCGUCAAGUACUGCUGCUUCGCCCCCAGCGGCCACCGCUGCUUCUGCCGCACCCCCGACUACCAGGGCCACUUCAUCGUGCUGCGUGGCUACAGCCGGGCCACCAGCUGCAUCUUCUACAACAACCCUGCCUACGCCGACCGCAUGUGCAGCACCAGCAUCAGUAACUUUGAAGAGGCCAGAACCAGCUACGGCACGGAUGAGGACAUCCUCUUUGUCUAUCUGGACAGCUGACAGCGGGAGCCUGGUGUGCCCAGGCUCUCGGAUCCCGCCCCCUCUGCCCCCAGCAAGGCCCACUCAGGAGCUGACAAGGCCCCAGGGAACUCUGGGAGACCGGCACAGCUGCCUCGUCUGCCAGCAUUGUGUGUUGUCAUGCCACUACCCAAAGCACCUGCUUCCGAGGUGAGCCACACCCCGGAACUCCAAGCCUGACUCCAGCGGUGCCCAGCGGAAGUCCAGCCCCAAGAGCGUCCUUGUCAACUUUGAGUGGGACCCCAGGCAAGGGGAAGAGGCCUGAACCGGACUCCCCACAGACCUUGGGACCGAGCCCUGGAGAGAGAGACCGUGUGGCUGGUGCUGAUUAUCAGAACAGCACCUCUGGGGUUGGGGAGCACAGCCAGCCUCCGGCUCCAAUUGCCCAGAGGUGCUGCAGACCCCACGUGCCCUACGGUGCGUGCCAUCACCGCCUCAUCCCACCCCCUUCUAGGCCCAACCACCGUGGCUGGUUGCCAGGUCGCUUGGCCCCUGCCACAGUAUAGACACAUCUCACAACCACCCCACCCUGCAGAGGGGCUUGGAGGCCCCUGGGGGCCUGGGGGCUUGGAGGCCUCCUGCAGCCCUCUAGGGAGCCCAGCCCUGUCCGGUAGAGGGUCCUCACGGCAGGGGCCCGAUGGCCGGUGGCACAGAGUGUGCUCAGGGCUCAGGGCGCCUCCUGACACCAGCCAGGAUGCCGACGGCAGGACCCGUUUUCUGGGUGCAGCAGCAGCAGGGGGCGGCCCUUGGCUUCUCCGCUGCCACUACCACCCUGGUCCUGAUGCCAGGACUUUCUGCGUGGAGUGUUGGGUCUGUCGUCACACAGCGCAGCAAGUACCACAGACUGGAGCUGUUUCCUUCCUUUUUUUUUUUUUUUGUUAGGGGCAGAACUGUUUGGUUUGGGGUUUGUGUGUGGGUUUUUUUUUUUUUUUAGAUUUAAGUUUUUGCUUCCAGAGGGUGAGACAUCGCCUUCGUAUCAGAUAAUAAUAGUGAGGUUGCAGGUAAUUCGGAGCCCCUAGCACCUCUCUCUCAUGGGCCGGGGUCAGCCAGCCAGGUCUGCUCUCAGAGAGGAGGCCUCACCUUUGGGAGGAGGAAGUGUCUCAGUCUGGGGAAAGCUGGAGGGACCCCAAGGCUGCACCCCCUGUACCCCGGGUCUUGGUCUUUCGGUGCUGGAGGCGUGAUGUGGUCACGGCUGCCCGCUGGCCAUCGCGGUGGUUCUCGGGCAGUGAGAGGCUCCGCCUGCCAGGGCUGUCAGCCCCCUCCGCCCCCCAGCCCUGGUAACUCCUUGGCAACAGCCUUUGCUGGCUGGGCAGCCACCCUGGGUUUCUGAGACUCACAUUGGCUUCAGACUGGUCUCAUUUUUGUUGCCUUAAUAUACCGGGUGGCCCAGGGUGCCAGGGAGCUCUGGCUACGAGCCCGAGAGUCCCACACACAUCUGCUGUGGGGCGUGGGCCGUCCUCAGGAGAGGUCUGGGUUGAAUGGCAAGCAGAGCUGAAAGAAGAGAACCAGAGGGAGGACACGAAACUCAGGCCAGCCGGGUGCGAACGAGGCAUAGGGUACAGAGCAGGUGGGGCUGUCCCAGGGAGUGGCCUCCACAGACACUGGUCACAGCCACUCAGCGUGUCAGCCCCUGGGCCUGGAGGACGGCUUCUCAGUGCACGCUAGGAGACGCCUGGCCAUCCACAAGACUCAUCUCCCUGGGCUGAGUCCCCAGCAGCGCGUCAUGAAAAUGGGGCUGGAGAAACAGCCUGGACAGCAGGGGCUUUGGCCUGCGGCACACGGCACCCACACAGGGGAGCACACUGACCCACACGGGGGAGCCCAGCACGGCCUCCAAGCUACACAGGACAGCGGCUUUCUUCACUCUAGCCACAGGGGACAAAGGGAUCUUUUGCAUUGCAGAGAUUUUAUACAUAAAUAUAUUUUGUUUGUAAUGA